AUGGAUUUGUCAGAAAUGACAGAAGAAGAUGAUCGAUUGUUUCGAUUGGCGACCUGGACGAUUUCCGAGAUUCUUCAGAAGAAAUCUGGUGGACAAGUGAUCGAUAGAAUAUUUAUGAGCAGUGUUUUACACGACUUGCAAAAGCUGAAAUUUGAGAGCUCAUUGGACCAGAAACAGCUCGCCGGAGCAGCUAUCAUCGUAUCGGCACGUGUAGUAUUGCCAAGAUUGUCGUUGAAUGAGAAAGCGGAAGUUUGCCAGUUUUACAAGGAAGGGCUCUUCUUGCUGACCACUUUUGAAGGGCUACCCGACUUCCGAUGGAAAACGAUAGAACCCCUAUUUCAUAUGUACCUAGAAGCGAUUCCACAAUGUGAAACUGCAAUUAUGGCUCGUGAUUUCUUCAAUAUGCUAGUAUGGAUUCUGGAAAAGCUCGCAAUUUCUCCGACGGUUUGCGAAGACCUUUACUCUUUCCGAUCAUGUAUCACAAUCGGUCGAGUUUUUCACAACGUGUUGGAAAUCAUGGGCAAACCGAAUCUGGAUCUGAUUUUAAGGAAAACUGCAGUGAACUUUUUGUCAAGGAUAAUUCGGCAGUGUCCGCCUGGAGGAGCACCAGUGGUUUCUCUUUUUGUAUCUGGAUUGUUGGGUGGUGUGACAAGGAUUAUGACUCAAAAAACAACCAAUGCAUCGGUGAUUACAGAUUUACUAGCGAUUUUCAAAAACGCCGUGCUCCUCACAUUUUCGAAUGGAGCUGAAAAAUUCGACGAGACGAAAAUCAACCUGGAAGACUAUCCGACAGAGAUGCACUAUGUUUUCAAAAAUCAAAACGAAGAGUGGAAAGAAGCGAGAGCUGGUCAUAUUAAGCACUAUCUAGAGAAGCUUCUCACCUUGUUUGUGAUCCAUCGGAAUGAUGGCGUUCGUUUUGAGAUGUGUGAAGCGGUGAUUGAGAUUCAGGAGCAGUGUGGAGAGGUCAUCGGAGAGGAGUUGUAUGGCAUAUUGUUGAGUAUGCAUAUGCAUUUGAAAUACGAUGAUUUUGAAAAGUUCCGCAAAAUCUCUGAGCAUUGUCUUGCCCUAGUCGACAGUAAACGAAUCAGAGAUGACUUUUUCUACAAACAACUCGAUCUCCAAAUCACCCGACUUCCCGUCGAAACCCGUAGUGGAAAUGGAAGUCGAUCGUUAUCAGUUCUAGCUGCUCUUCUAGAUGGUCUAGGACCCAAUAUUCGAUUGAUGUGUACCUCUGGAUCUCAAACAAUGGAACUUCUUCUCCGAAGUCUUGCUGAUAGCAUUGAAAUCAAUUUGAAACAACUGAUGAUCAUUGGAGAUGUCCCUUUAAACUCAGUCUCUGAAGCCAUGCAAAGAUACAAGCUGAUGCAUAAUAUCAACUCAUCGCAAGUCGAAUGUGUUUGUGAAAUGCUUGCGAGGCAUGGAGGAAUUGAAAUUAUCGCUAUGGUGCAACAACUGAUAAAGUCGGAAAGUCCAAAGAAGCAAUCCACGUAUCAUGUGCUUCUUGGACAUCUUCUAGGAGCUCUGAACCCUGAAAAUAUUCCUUCUGAUGAUCCGAUCGUUGUGAUGCUUGCAGAAUACAUGAUCAAGGAGACGAAUCGAUCUUGUUUGAUUCGGAUACUGGAUGAUAGUAAACCGCAUACCACUGAUAAUGAAAUGGAUGUGGAUAUGAUUAUUGAGAGUUUGAGCUUGAUCAAUCUGGCGUUAUGCAUGAGAUUUACAAAGAAAAACGCUAAUCGGACUCAUAUUUCCACCGAAUGUCUAUGCACUAUUUUGAUUCAAACCAACUCGAAAGUCUGGAUCGUACAAGAAGCUGCAGCGUUCGCUUUGAAAGUGAUUGCCGUGGAUUCCAAUCAAGCUGUAACCGAUCUCAUUUCAAUGUACAGUAGUCACAUUCUGAAUCGAGUUUCCGUGGCAUGCAGCUCAUCAAUCAACUAUCAUUUGGCUCCAGUUUUGAUGAUAGCAUAUUUACAAAACGGACAAGUUUCUUAUCAAUUCGAUGUGAUCAAAGUGAUUGUGGAGAAGAUGUUGUACGCGUUGGAUACGAAUAAACAGGUAAGAGAAACGUGCAUGUGCUUAAAAUACACAUACUCGUUGCUCCGAGCUCUCAACGAAUUCAUGUUCGCUCUCAACAAGGACUAUCCAGAUCAUCAGCCUCUACCACCUAUGGGAGAUCCAGAAGAGGAUCAAAAGGACCGUCCCACCCCUCAACACAUCCUAGUAGAGAAGAUCUUGCUCCGAACGAAGCAUAUGUUAUCAACAGAUCACCUCCCAGUACAACUGCUCUGCCUAGAGUUGCUAAAAGGAGGACUUGAACUUCUGAAGCAUUACGACGACAUGCUUCUCCCAAUGAUCCAUCAGAAUUGGGCGGGGCUUAUGACGAUCGCAGGGAGAAAGGAUCCGAAUUCGUUUGUCCUUAUGCUGGAUGUCGUUGUGUUUAUGGCUGAGCUAUCGGGAGAUUUCGUGCAUAAUAAGAUUCUAAAAGAGCUUUAUCCAUUGGUGAAGGCCAACUACAGGGAACUGAUGAGCAGAGGGCUUUCUAAGAACACGCCAAGCUAUGAGAGCGCCAAGAAAACGAUAAAAUCGAUUCCAAGACUGAUUGUGUACUCGAAAAUGUCGGAGGAGGACGCAAAGAAGACGUACUACACACUGCUAGACGAGUCAGACGUUGUCUAUUCACCGUUGACGAUAUAUCGGGAUGCGGAAAAGUACAAAAUGGAUCAAUACUUUGAAUCCGGAGAAAUUUCAUUUUCUUAA